UAUUGCGGUAGUUAACGGUCUCGAGCAUUCUUCUGGAGCAUGCUAUUCUUCUUCCCUGGUACCUUCCCCGAACGAGAGGCGCGCCGAAGUGUUCAUUAUGGACUGGGCUACUCUAGCCUCCUAUUACGUCUCGCUGAACUUUGUGGUCACUCCCACAAACGAAUUCGUGUUUUCUUACUAACUUCCCAGCAGUUUUCAUACCCAACGUUACACAUCGUAGAAGUGGAAAAUACAGUCAAAUCUGAUUGAAGAGUUCAUAACUUUUUCAAUCUGAGUCCUGUCCUUGACCAUAUAUUUCUGUGCGCUUGUUCUACAUUCCAACUGCGAGUGAAAGUUACGCAAGACCCAACAUGGACGAGGCAGAGAAGUACCAACAGAGAGUGCAGGCUAUAGAGGACAAGCGACGUAAGCAGCAGGACGACGAGAAAGCAAGGAGGGAGAUGGAGGAGGAGUGGCUGACGCAGGCCCAGCGCAAGCGGAAGUCCUUGAGGGACCAGUGGCUGAGCGAGAACCCCCAGCCUGUCCCUGGGCGCAGCGCUGAGAACUACACAGAGGAGUUGCCAACUGAAGAGGAUAUAGUGGAGGUCAUUGAAUCCAAAAGCUACACAGUCACCAAUGCCCAGAACCACAGCCAGGCUGACAUUGAAGAGGGUGGGAUACAAGACAUCAUCAGAGCUGCUGGGGGUCAGCUCCCUGGGCCAGUAAUGGAGACGCUUCUCCAUGAGAAUGGACUGGAAGGUCGAUCAGUGCUGGGGAUGGUUGCAGUGCAGGUGGAGAGGGAUUCAAAGACAGGGGUCACCAAGAUCAGGUCUGUGGUGCCCGUGUCUGGAGCACCCAGGGCCUUGGGGGAGACGGUGUUCAAUGACAGCAGGAAGAGUGUCCACCACAUCGGCGGGGCAGAGGGGCAGCCUUCUGCUGAGGAGCUGGGACAGCUCCUUAGUGUCCUCAACGAUGUCGGGAUGCAAGUGCUGCUGGAUGAGAUCCCAGUUGUACCACAACAGAAGGCAGAGGAGAAGAUAGAGGUUGGUGGUGGGAUGGAGGAGGAGGUGGACAAUGUGGAGGAUCCUGCCGCACCUACAACCCUGGGCUACACUGAGGAAGAGGUUGAGGUUGUGGAGCAUGAGGAUGAUGAGAUGGACGAGGAGGUAGAAAUAGGAGUGGUGGAAAUUGUGGAGGGCCCUACCCGACUGACCGACCUGGGCUACACUGAGGAAAAGGUUGAGGAUCUGGGCUGUGAGGAUGAUGAGAUGGACAAGGAGCCAGGAGUAGGUCAGGUAGACCUUGUGGAGGGCACUGUCACACUGACCUUCCUGGGCUACACUGAGGUAAAGUCAGAGAGGGAGGGUCUGGGCCAUGAGGAUGAUAGAGAGUUGGUGGAGGUGGAGCGGGUGAUCAUUUCUGACGCGGGUGAGGAGGAGAUUGUUCUUCAGUCUCCGGUUCUUGGAUCUGAGACUGAACCCUUUCUGGGCUACACUGAGCAAAAGGUUGAGGCUGUGGGGCAUGAGGAUGAUGAGGAGGACAUGAGUGGAUUGGUUGUCUUUGUGGAGGGCCCUGUCCCACCUGUCAUCCUGGGCUACACUCGGGAAGAGGUUGAGGAUCUGGGGCAUGAGGAUGAUGAGGAGGAUGUGAGUGGAUUGGUUGUCUUUGUGGAGGGCCCUGUCCCACCUGUCAUCCUGGGCUACACUCAGGAAGAGGUUGAGGAUCUGGGACAUGAGGAUGAUCCCCCCAGACCAACCCCACGCUACAGAGCCGAGGAAACAGGAAAGAGGGCAUCCAAACACAAUACCAAGUGCUGCUCUAUCAUGUGAUUCUGCACACCCCAUUUCUCUUAGCUAUGCCACUCAUGAUGAAUGGGCUGUAUGCUUGGCCUAAAUCUACAACAUUGUCUAAAUUGCACAGGAUGUGCUCCAGUGUGCCUUUGCUCCUCAUCUAAAAUGUCACUGGUAUCCUCUGAGACUACAGUCCCACAUGGCUUGUGUCAAGGAGUGUUUACUGUUAUCCUCCUCUCUUCAAACAGCUCUGUGAACAGACUCCAGUGUGACUGUUACAAAGCCCUUCUGCCUCCUGCUGGACACAGUUCAGUAAUGCAACUAGUUUUACUGCCAGAAUCCCAGCAGCACUCAUCUCACACUCCUCUGGAUUGGUUGUAUCAGCCAAAAAAAAGUACUCAGCACUAUGUCCUCUAGGAAUGAAGACUAUGAAGAAUAGAUGAAGAAUACAACAACCACUGAUCUGUUUCUUUUUGGAAAUAGAUUUUUAAAUAUUAAUCUUAGAAAUGCUUGACGUGCCUUUUUCAAUGGCAACUCUUUUGUUCAAAUCAAAUCAAAUGUAUUUAUAUAGCCCUUCGUACAUCAGCUGAUAUCUCAAAGUGCUGUACAGAAACCCAGCCUAAAACCCCAAACAGCAAGCAAUGCAGGUGUAGAAGCACUUUUAGAGUGUCCUCAUCAGUAAUACAAAUGUUAUGGUUAUGAAUAGGAUACUGUAUUCCGUCAGUGGCCAAAACAGUCUGUUAAAGAAGGGUUGGUUUCCAUUACAUCUAUUCAGUGCGAUUUGUACGUGUAAGUGUGUUUGAUAGUUGAAUUUUGAUUUAGCCUGUUAAUGAAGGUGGAUAAAAAACUGGAAUGUGUGUGUGAUUAUCAAAACAAAAUAUAUUUCAUAUUCUUAAGAUUUUUGUUUGUCUCGGUCUUUCCUUUUGAUCAGCAGUAGCAACGUUCCUGUCAGGAUGUUCAUGUAUAGGACUCUUUAUUGCAAAUGAGCUGUGACAUACCAUUAAAGACACGCUACGGAA